AUGCGGUGGAGAUACAAACUGUAUGUGCAUCCCACACCGAGUGGAGGAUCGAGCCCCGGUACCGGCACAGAAAACAAGAAGAAAAGAAAAAAGGAAGAAGGGAAAAGCGUGACCCCCUCGUGCUCGUUCUGGGGGUCGCGCGUCUUGGUCACCAGUGAAGCGCAUCCGCCGGAAGCCGGCAACCGCCUGGAGAGCCGCGCAGGCCCGGGUCCAAAGCGGGGCGCAGGCCCGGGUCCAAAGCGGGACGCAGGCCCGGGGCCAAAGCGGGCGCAGGCCCGGGUCCAAAGCGGGGCGCAGGCCCGGGGCCAAAGCGGGGCGCAGGCCCGGGUCCAAAGCGGGGCCGCCUUCCCUGCAGCGCAGCCUGGUGGAAGGUGGGCCGGCGCCCCACCCCGGCUCUGGGCUCCACCUCCCUCCAUCACCAGGCCGGCCCGGCCCCAGGGGGGAGCUGGGGACAGCGCGGCACGGGUUCGAGCCCCAGGUCCGACCCCAAGUUUAAAACAGAAAGGGAAGAGUGAAGAAGAGGAGGGAGGAGGGGGCAGCUCUGCCUGGGGCGGGCCUGGGCUCGAAGCCCCAUCCACGGGGCCCACCGCACCCCCACACCGUGCCCACCCCACGGGGGCCCACCGCCCCCCACACCGUGCCCACCCCACGGGGGCCCACGGGGGCCCACCGCCCCCCACACCGUGUCCACCCCACGGGGGCCCACGGGGGCCCACCGCCCCCCACACCGUGCCCACCCCACAGGGGCCCACGGGGGCCCACCGCCCCCCUACACCGUGCCCACCCCACGGGGGCCCACCGCCCCCCUACACCGUGCCCACCCCACGGGGGCGCACGGGGGCCCAUCCCCCCACAAUGCCCCCUACACCACCCCCCACCGCGCCCCCCACCACCCCCCACAAUGCCCCCUGCACCACACCCACCGCACCCCCCCCACCGUACCCCCUACGCCACCCCCCCAUCGCCACAAUCACCCCACCGCGCCUUCCACCGUCCCCCCCCCCGCACCCCCAGCGCGCGGGCCUCCCCGCUCCCCCGCUCCCCGCAGGCCGGUCACCCCCUGACCGGAGCAGGCGCCCUGACCUGGGCCGCCCUCCCGCAGGGCCAGACGCCGCCGCCCUCGCUAAUGGGAUCCAGGCCGCACCCGCACCCGCCCGGGUCGCACCCGCCCGGGUCCCCACCGCCCCUGCCCGCCCCUCCCUGCCCGCGGCUCCCGAGGCCUCGGCCGGCUCCGCAGGCCAAGGGCGACAGCGCCCUCCAGCGGCCGCCUGCGGAGCCGCGCCUGCCGCCCCGUCCAGGGGGCAGCGGAGCCGGGCCGGGCGGGAAAUUACUCCUCGCGAACUCCGGGCCGGCGGGGCGGGAGGCGGCGCGGAGGACGCGGGCGGCCGCGGGCGCAGCGCGGGGGCCGGGCCGGCCGGCGGAGCCGCCGCCCAGGCGUCGGGCUCGGGGCCGCUCCAGGAAGCGCCGCAGCCUCCGCCGCGGGGACGCUCGGGCGCCCCCCCCCGCGUCCCGCCGCCCGCGCCCGACCCCGCGGCGAUGGCCGGCCGCUGA